AUGUUGGAUAAUAUAUUUUUGAAUUGAUUUCACAUAUAUAUUUGAGCGGUGUAUUUAAUGUAUGUACUUCAAGUCCCCUUUUAAUUAUAUUUAGAUUGUUUAAUUUUUUGCGCGCGGUUCCGGUAAGAUUCUAAACAUACAAUCAACUUCGUGAUUGCAAAAAACGAUAAAAUUACAUUGUCAAAUAUAGUUCGGUGUAACACAUUACCUAUUCAUCCGAUUUGCGGGAACUUUCAUUAUUAAAAUUGACAAUAAAAAGUAUCCAAGCGGUGGUGUUAUUAUCAACGCGGCGACUUCUAACUUGUUUGUUUUAAAGAAAAUGUCGAACACGAUAUUUUAAACUUUUGUAAGAUAAAGAGAGUACUCUUACCACAAGUACUUUUUUUAUGAGCGUAUUCAUUUUUAAUAUUGCAAACAUUUUUGUUCCCUUCCAUAUUAGGUCAUAAUUUUAUAACUUAAGAAUGUUUAUGAAUGGUAAGAAAUUAGUAUUAACAAACAAUAUUUAUACUAUUUUUGUAUUUUUUCAAAAACAGUUGAAAUUUUUUAUUCCCAAUUGUUGAGGUGCCGUUAAUCGACUCGCUGAAAAAGCAAUAGCCAAUAGAACCGAUCAAGCUCAAUAGCGCGUAUUCUAAGAGGCCUUAUGGUCUCUUUUUUUCCUACCUAUUCUAGUAACCUCAAGGGGUUAUUCUAGAUUCGCCGGAAGAGUAGGUGAGCUCACGGGGCUCAAACCUGACGACGUUGCUAACACGAACCCUAGCUAGAACCGUGCUUCGCAAAAUCUACCACCGGAUCGGAAACGCGACCCCCUUAUUAAUACAUUAAAUAGAGAUCUUAACGAUAUUGAAAUACAAGCUACUUUGCCAAAACCGCGUAGUUGCUCGACGUCAUAAUAUGCAUGCCAUAAGCAGAACGAAAUGAAAAUAUAAUAAUGCAUUGUCGUUAGAAAAAAAAAAUCGACAUGUGAACAUUAUAUCGAACGGCUUCCAUAAUAAAACCACGUGUUAAAUUUCCGUAAACAAAAAAAAAAGCGUUCUUGAAAAAUGACUCCAUUUUUAACACAAACGCUUUCUCCGGUCACCUCAGGAAUUUGAUACUGGACAGCUUCUAGAAAUAGAAUUUAAAUUUGCUGAAAUUUCAUCUACACCGCAAAUGAUGUAUGAACAUUUUAUAUACAUCUGGUUUGAUGUGCAUUGUUUUAACAUAGAAAUGCUAAAGAUUCUGUUUUUUUUAGAGUCUUGAGAGGCUAUUUCAGCGUUACCCUGACAUGUAGGUGAGCUCUUAGGGCUCAAACCAGGAGGCAUCGUUAACACUGGCCCUAGCAAGAGCCGUUCUUCGCAGUAUCUACCACCGGAUCGGAAAUGCGACCCACUGAGAAGAGAAACUCAGUGGGCUGUGUCUGAGGGUUAGUUUACUCGCCGAACCCUGCGCUUGCGACGAAGGCGAAGAACGGUGACGGGAGAAAUUCUGUUAGUUAUUAUUAAUGUCAACAUUUUCAGGGUGAUUAUUCUUCCCUCUCAAUAACUAACUAAUUGCUAAUAAAACUAAUUAAAAGUUCUCUAGUGGCAACCGCGUCCCGGAAAGCGCGGCGUGGGUAGGCCUCCCACAAGAUAGACUGACGAUCUGCUCAAGUCGCGGGAAUCCUCUGGAUGCAAGAGCUGCGCAAGACCGAUUAAUGUGGCGAACCUCGGGGAGACCUAUGUCCAGUGGGCGUGUGUGAACCGAAAAAAAGCCCGGCACUAUUUUUUUUAAUUUUUAACCGCGUAAAUACAAAUUAAGUUUUUAUUUUAUUUUAAUACCGGUUCUCGUCAUAUUUUCCUUAAUACUUUAAUCUAAUUUGUGAAGAUGUUUUUAUGAUGCUAACAGUUUAUCGUACUUACUCGUAUCGUAUUUACUGGUGGUAGGACCUCUUGAGAGUCCGCGCGGGUAGCCUGCCUAUUUCUGCCGUCAAGCAGUAAUGCGUUUCGGUUUGAAGGUCAGGCAGCCGUUGUAACUAUACUAAGACCUUCGAACUUACAUCUCAAGGUGGGUGGCGCAUUUUUGUUGUAGAUGUCUAUGGACUCUAGUAACCACUGCACACCAAGUGGGCUGUGAGCUCGUCCACAUAUAUAAGCAAUAAAAAAAAAAUGACGUUAUGACCAGCCAAAUUCGGGACGCGCUAUUUUCCAUCGGGCCACGACCAAGUUGUUUGUCACGAAAUGUCAAAUACAUCUUUAAGUGGAGUGCAUUACUCGUGGCCACUUAAAGAGUCGUUUACAUGAAUCCGGUAUGGGAAUUGUGUUAUAGAAAUUCAAAUAGCUUUGACAAUCAUUCGUAAUCGUCUGAGGCUCAGCGUCAGAACGUUUCACGUCACGAUAACCCUCUCCCUCCCUCCUCCUCGUGGGCUGCCACUAACUACAUGUCCGACUCAGGCGACAUAAAGCCAGCCUCGCCCAAAAACAUGUUUUACUGGUGGUAGGACCUCUUGUGAGUCCGCGAGGGUAGGUACCACCACCUUGCAUAUUUCUGCCGUGAAGUAGUAAUGCGUUUCGGUUUGAAGGGCGGGGCAGCCGUCGUAACUAUACUUGAGACCUUAGAACUUAUAUCUCAAGGUGGGUGGCGCAAUUACGUCGUAGAUGUCUAUGGGCUCCAGUAACCACUUAGCACUAGGUGGGCUGUGAGCUCGUCCACCCAUCUAAGCAAUAUUUUUUUUAAUUUCAUUACUUAUUAUUAAUUUUACAAGUCCAAUUGAAAGUUUCUCCUCGGUACACAUCCGCUAAGUUACAUUUACUAGACAUCCCUUUCAUUUCUAGACAACGAUGAGAAGCCACACGUUUUGAGAGCUAUCAAAAAUCAUCUCGGACGCAAAUCAGGCGAACUCAAUCAUCGACGCGGUAGAUAUAUUCCGAAAACGGAUCUCAAUUCGGUUCACUGCGUUUUCGGAGUUGAUGCGUGUGGACGUUAUUGUAUACGAGAAAAAUGUCUAAGAACUUAAUCUUCUUGUUGCUUUUGAUCAAUUUAGUGAAUGUUAAUUGCCAGAAUGCAGAUCUAUUCGGGUUUUUCUUGUCUUUCUUCGAUAAUACUGUCGAAAAUCUGUUGAGUUUUUUCAAAGGGUGGCUGGACACUAAAGGAGAUGCGAGCGAAAAUCCUGAAAUUGGGAGGUACUUCAGUCCGCGGAUGGAACAUUCCACGAGUAAAAGUUUAAAGAAGAUGGCCCUCCCGCUGCUGCCGUUGAUAUUCCAUGUCGGAGCCACGUCGACUUGGAUUAUUCUGACCGGUUUACUGGCCGCGAAGUCUGUGGCGAUCGGACUGGCGAUACUGGUCUUCAAAAUAGCCGUCAGCUCAGCUAAGGUGGCGUCUUUCUUCACAUCCUUCAAGGCGAAGCACUCGAGUCACGGUCAAGAAUGGUCACCGUCGUGGUCACCGUCAUGGUCACCGUCGCCGCACGAAUACGGUCAAGACAGAAGCUACACGGAUAAUGGAUUGCGACCCUACGAAGACAGUUAUCAACCGAUACGGACCCGCCAGCCUCCGACUUACGAGAUACCUUUAAAAGGCAACGAAGGAUCAGAACAAACAUCCUUAAUAGAAGAACGCAGCAAAGAAUCAAAAGAUAAACUGUAAUUGUAGAUAUUGAUAGUGGAUACUAUAUUGAGACCUUAGAACUUAUAUGUCACGUGGGUGGCGCAUUUACGUUGUAAAUGUCUAUUGGCUCCAGUAACCACUUAACACCAGGUGAGCUGUGAGCUCGUCGACCCAUCUAAGCAAUAAAAAAAUAAAAAAGAUUUUUACUCUCCGAAGUGAAAAAGGUUUUAUUAGAACCAGUAUUGUGGAUCCAAAGAGCGUUCAAAUACUGAUUUCUAAGUACAUCUAUUUUUUUUAAAUAAUGCAUAAAAGAUUAUAACAUUAAAUCAAUAAAGAAAACAUUACACACACUACAUACCAUGUAUUUGACGCACACACGCAUGCAUACAUUUAUUGUCAAACUUUUGUUCUUGACGUCUGUUGUCAAAUUGAGAAUGGAUUAAAUAUUGUUUGUCUUUGUUAAUAUUUUUAUAGUGUAGCCUUGGCGAAAUUUGUGAUUAUAGAAGUAUAAAAUACAAUCAUAAUAGUGUACAAACUUACAAUUCCAAUUAAUUAUAGACGAAUUUCGACUACUGCGGGACCUCUAGUAUAAAUAAAUAUAGAAAUAGAAACUGCAUUUAUUAAGUGUAUAAGGUAAUAUAUUUCAUUUUUUUAAUUAAUACAAAAUAAAAAAUACAAAA